UCAAGCGUCGUGAAAUAAGCACGUUGCGUCGAGUCUCUGCCAAGGACGAGUGUUCGGUUGUGUAGACUUUGGGGUGUUUUUGUGUGUUUUAUGUGUGGGCAAGUUAGCCAAGCUGUGUAAGAAGAUGAGGUUGAGCUCUGUCCUCCUGUGUGUCCUCCUGCUGUGGGUGAAGGAGUCCCGAGGAGACACACCUGCAAACUGUACCUAUGAGGAGCUACUGGGAACAUGGGUCUUCCAGGUGUCCAAAGGUGGACACGACAAGACGAUUAACUGUUCAGCUGAAGCAACAGGUGAAACCACAGUGACCGUAACCUUGGAGAAACUGUCUGUAGCCACGGAUGAACUGGGAAACACAGGCUUCUUCACCAUCAUCUACAACCAGGGAUUUGAAGUCGUCAUCAACGGCUACAAGUGGUUUGCUUUCUUUAAGUACACUGAAGAUCACCAGAAGGUAACCAGUUACUGUGACCAGACCCUACCAGGAUGGGUUCACGAUGUCCUGGGCAACAACUGGGCUUGUUUUGUGGGCAAGAAAAUUAAAGCUGUGCCACUUCGUACAAACGACAAACCAUUUUACAGCAGCGGGUAUGAAAACUUAUGUUGUGACUGUAAAUGGGUCAAACACACUCAUAAUGCAAUAUAACAACACCUGUAAUUCCGUAGAAAAUUAGUUUGUGUCUGCUGCGGAAAUUACUUCUUGUUUACCCUGGAGCUUUAU